AUGAAAUCACUAACAUCUAUAUCAGCCAGUCUUCCAUGGGCUCGAGUUCCUGAGAUAAAUCUCAAUACUCCAAGUUGGUUCUUGGCAUCCAAUGUCAAAACAACUGAAAGCCUGUCUUCGAAAGACUCAGAAGUUGAAUUGUCAACAGUCAUUCGCGAUGGCCAAAACGACGAGCAAAGUCAAUUGAAACUCAGUGCUAGCCAUAGUACAACCAGAGAUAUAAACUGGCCUUCCACCAUAAUUGACCGGUCUAAACUGGUAGAAGAAAAAAACGAAAUAGGGAGUGAAUACAGAUUUGAAAUUUACCAGGACAUUUAUUCAGAACUCGUGGACAUGACCAGACAAGCUCUUCGUGUUAAUGACCAAUUUGAAGAUGACUCCCAACAUCCUACAAUUCUUUUACGAACCCCAAUUCGUGGGUCUAUGUCCUACAUGCAAUCUAUCGUUGAACGCCUUGCGGGGGACGUUGGAGCAGAGCUUAUAUCAUUCACUUCGGAAGAUAUCACCGACAUCUCGCUUGAUUUCGCUUUUCAAGACCACAUGGGCCAUAUAAAGGAUCUACCUCUCCGCGAGCUUUCGCAACACUAUUUUGGCUUUGCCCCGAGUCUCAAAGGCACAGCUGAUGUGGCUCGGGUCGAGAAAGCAACAUCCGCAAUCAUCGACUCUGCAAAAGCAAAGAGAAGAACAAUGGGGACAGUGAACAGAAUGUCCCACAACCAUAUUCCCGCCCCAGCUACUCUAAUACAUAUUAACGAUGCGGAACAAUUUUUAGGUCUUCCAGGGGGAACCAAAAUCCUAAAAUCGUUCAGAACCCAAAUUCAAGAGCGACGGAAAAGAAAUGAAAACAUCAUUCUAGUUGUCACAGUACAUUCCUACGAGUCGUUAAGGGGUUGUUAUAAUUUCAACCGGAGAACUAAUCAGAUGACCAUCUACCGCAAAGUCUUGGUCGAUCAAUCUUCGACCAUUGAUAUUAUACCGGCCAGCAAGAAACUCACACUCAAGCGGCAUCAGUCUUGCUGCAUUAUAGAAGCAAAUAUUCGACAUCUAAAGCGCGCUCUGCGAAAAAGACUGCCGAAUUUACACGAGCAUGAUAGUUUAACCCCUAGGCCAUAUUGGGAAACACCGGAUAUGGCCCCAAUGCAUAUGGUACUGAGUAAAUCCCUAAUACCGGAGCCCGUCCUUGAACGAGCUGCGGGACAGAUUGCUUGGCGAGCAAGAGACGGCUCACCGCCGAAACUCGACGAUAUAUAUCAAGUCACGAAAAGGCUCUUGAGUAAUCAAGAGUUAACGAAGGAAUGGGGAAAGAUUCAGGAGAAUACUGUGAAAAUGAACUUCGUAGAAACCAAAAUGGAAUACAGAGAAGCUGAAAUGGGAAACGAAGAAAUCGGAAUGGAGACCGAUGAAACCGAAGAAACCGAAAUGGAAAAGGAAUUGCGAAAUUGUCUCGUUAACCCAGAAAACAUCCGAGUAAGGUUCGAGGAUGUUGUCGUUGAUGACGAGGUGAAAAGAAUAAUGAAACAAUUGUUGUCAUUAUCCAACUUUCGUGCUAAGGGUAUCUCCGAAUCACUUUUCGAAAGGAUGAGGAUCACCGGCGCACUACUCUAUGGCCCACCUGGAACUGGUAAAACACAUCUGACCCGUGCCCUUGCCAAAGAAAUGGGCAUGCAGAUGAUGGCAAUAACAGCUGCUACAAUCCAGUCAAAGUGGGUUGGGGAGACCGAAAAAUACAUCAGAGCAGCAUUCUCCCUCUGUUCCAAGUUGGCGCCUUGUAUCCUAUUUAUCGACGAGGCAGAUGCAAUAUUCUCCAAGAGAUCCUCUAAUGAUGCACAAUAUGAAAGGUCCUCCAUUAACCAAUUUUUACAGGAGAUGGAUGGACUUGCUACGGACAAGAGCAGCCCAUUCGUUCUAGUUGCAACCAAUAGACCUAUGGAUCUUGACGAAGCAUUCCUCAGGAGACUUCCCCAGAGGAUCCAGUUCAAACUGCCGUCCGAAGAUCAAAGAAGGCAAAUCCUUCGUAACAUCCUUAAGAAUACGGAACUACACUUCGAUAUAGAUAUUGAAACCUUAACGAAAAUGACGGCAGGAUUUUCGGGCUCCGAUCUGCAGUCGUUUUGCGUACAAGCCGCCAUUAUCUUCACGGCUGAAGAGAAAGAGAAAGAUAACCAACUCAAUACCGGGGCAGCAGAAGGUUCUCAGAGGCCAGGACUAGAAAGACGACACUUUCUAGAGGCCUUAAAAAGAACCCACAGGACCGUUUCCGAGCAAAGCGAAAUCGACAAUGACGAGUUUACGUAUUCUUUCAGUCCGAAAUAUGCAUUGGAUAGCGAAGAACCGAUAUCCUACCCGUCGAUAUACGAAAACUCGGAGCCAGCAUCAUCGGAUAAGGAAUAUACCUGCGACUGCAAUGGUUGCUUUGAAAAGUUCGCAAAUAUACACGAAGCAGAGUAUCACGGGCACAAAACUCAACAUGUCAAUUUUACAAUCCAGUAG